AUGGGCGAGAGAGGAGGCUCUUCUUCUUCUUCUUCUUCCACUCCCAGCCGGUACGAGUCCCAGAAGAGGCGCGACUGGAACACCUUCGUCCAGUUCCUCACCAACCACCGCCCGCCCGUGGGCCCCUUCCGCUGCUCGGAGGACCACGUGCUCGACUUCCUCAGGUACCUCGACCAAUUCGGGAAGACCAAAGUCCACUUGGAUGGCUGCAUCUUUUACGGGCAGCCCGAGCCCCCGCCCGCCCCUUGCACCUGCCCGCUCAGGCAGGCCUGGGGCAGCCUCGAUGCUUUGGUGGGCCGGCUAAGGGCUGCUUAUGAGGAGAACGGAGGCCCAGCGGAGACUAACCCGUUUGGGGGCCGGGCUGUUAAGGCCUACUUGAGGAGUGUGAAGGAGAGUCAGGGUAAGGCGAGGGGGAUGCCGUACAAGAAGACGAAGAAGAAGACUAGUACCGUAAAUUAUGAUCAUGAUGAUGAUGAGUAUGAUGAUAAUAUUUAA